AGCAACACACCGCCAAGAGGAAGAACUACUCCACAAAGAUGGUGGCUUUAUCCUUGCCUCCUCGUCCUGCCCUGUUGUUCUUAGUCCUCAUGAGUGUGACUCUGAUGACAUCUGCGUUUCCCCAGCCUCAACUUCGACCUCUGCAAAGUAACUUGCCUGCUAUUGGUCAAGAGGAUUCCAAAGGUGAACAGUGGGAAGUGCUGUUCCCCUCCAUCUCGCUCCGUGAUUGGAGCAUUCAGAUGCUGAGCGCCCCAGAUUUUGGAGCAGCUAAGGCUGGGACAGAACAGCUGGAGGGGGAUGAUUGGCUUCCGCUCAGCCAAUCACAGAUGGAGGAGGAGCUGGUGAAGGGCUGGCUGGGCAACUGGCCUUCACGGGUGGGUCACCAGGAGAAGAGAAACAUAGUGGUGGCAGAUGACGCUGCAUUUAGAGAAAAGAGCAAGCUUUUGACAGCAAUGGAAAGACAGAAAUGGCUCAAUUCCUAUAUGCAGAAACUCUUAGUAGUUAAUUCAAAGUAGUUAUUAUGUUAUGUAAUUGUAAAUAUAUUAAAUAUUUAGAAAAACGUGUUUUAUGUGGGAGAAAAAAGCAUUUGAUCAUCACUACAUGAGAUAAUGUAACCGAAUUAAAGGGUUAGUUCAACCAAAAAUGCUCUCAUCAUAUACUCAUUUUAAUCCCAUAUUAUUUUUCUGCAUGGAACACAAAAGUAGAUAUAUAUAGUACAAUGCUUCAGAUGCUUUUUUUCCUCAACAAAAAAGUAAAUCAUACGGGGUUGGAAUGACAUGAUGGUAAGUAAAUGAUGAGAACUUAUUUUUGGGUGAUCUAUCCCUUUCAAAAAUCUGAAUGUAGAUAAAGGUGCUUUCUUUUCUUUCUUUUUAGAUGAUCUUUGAAUAAGGAAAAUGCAUGAUGUGUUUGUUGGUCUGAUCUUGAUUUGAAUAAACACCUGAAAACAAUCUG